AGGCUUUGCCUUUCUCCCUCUCUUGUUUCCUGCUCGCGUAUCUAUCUUCAACUGACUGUUAUUGGAGACGCUAUUACGCUGUACGAAUUAGUACGACAUUAUUUGUGUGUGCGCGUGUGAAAAGGACAGCAUCCUUCUGCUCUUGCGUUUCUGAGAGCACAACGCCUUCUUCCCCCUCCAGAGAGUUCAAACAAACAAAAGAAAAAAAUGCCGCCGAAGAACAACAAAAAGAAGGACACGAAGCGCAAGGAGCUGUCGGAGGAGGACAUGCUGCGCCUCGGCAUGACGCCGGAAGAUAUCAAGCGCAUCAUGGAGGAGCGCAACAAGUCUAGCGAGGACAAACAAGCAGAGCAGGCCCAGAAAGAAGCCACCCGCCGCGACGCCGAAAUCCGUCAGCGCCACCAGCGCGAGUUCCAGAGGCAGAUGGAGGAGCUGACCAACUAUGAGGCCGCCGCCCGUGCGAUUAUCCGCUACGACGAGGACCAAGAGUGGACACAGAUGGAGUCCACCGCGCUCACGCCGGAGAAGCAGAAGAUUCUGCGUCAGGUGGCCAUUGCCGAGGACAGACGAAGGGUCGAGGAGGCGAAGCGUCGUCAGGCCGAGGAACUCGCCGCCUACCAGGCGAAGCUGCAGUGUAUGACUGAGGAGGAGCGCGCCGCCUUCUUGAAGGAGGAAACGGAGAAGGAGCGGCUCCGCGCCGAAGACUUUGCUGCAGCGGAGGAGAAGCGACUCGCCCGUGAGCGUCGUCGCGAGGCACGCCAGCAGGCCCGCAAGGAGCGCAUGCUGAACAACCAAAACGCAGACGAUCUCAUCUCCAGCGACGAUGACGAAGUAGGUGGUGCGAAGGAAGUGAAGAAGAAAGGCAAAGAGGCCGCCAUUGAUGAGCUGGAGUUUGACCUGCACGAGAAGUACUUAUAA